UUAAUUAGUAACCCUCACUCGUCACACCAUUUUUUUCUAGGGUUUCAGUCUCACUCUCGUCUCUUUACUCUGUUCAGUUCUCUUCGUCUUCUCCGACUCAAAAAUCAUGGCGCCGAAGCGUAAGAGAGCUCCGAAGAACGACGACGAUACUAAAUCCGCUCCUAAACCGAGGAAGAGAGCUCCUAAGCGAGCUAAGACGGUGAACGAAGCGCCGGUUGAAGUGGUCGAGGAAGGGGAAUUGUCGAUUGCGAGGUUCUUGGACGAGCCUAUACCGGAAUCGGAGGCUAAGACUGCUUGGCCUGACAGAUACAAACCGAUCGAGGUGAAGAAACCUGUAGCUCGGUCAAGGGGAAAGAAGAAGGAUGAUGAUGUUGUAGAGAUAAUUCGAGCUCGAUGCCAUUUUAGACGUGCUAUUGUUGAUGAGUCCAUUACAUAUGAGCUUAAUGAUGAUGCUUAUGUGCAGGCUGGUGAGGGAAACGCGCCUUACAUUUGUAAAAUUGUUGAAAUGUUCGAAGGGGCUAAUGGGAAGUUAUACUUCGCGGCUCAAUGGUUCUACAGAGCUUCUGAUACUGUAAUUGGCAACCUCAAUGCUCUGAUAAGUGAUAAACGUGUGUUUUUCUCGAAGGUUCGAGAUACAAAUGAAUUAGGAACCCUAGUCAAAAAGCUUGAAAUUUUGAUGAUUUCCUUAAACGAAAAUACUACGGAGACUAUCGCUGCAACAAAAAACUGUGAUUAUUAUUGUGAUAUGAACUAUUUGCUGCCUUAUUCAACAUUUGAAGCUUUUCAAGAAGAUACCAAGAUGGCUAUAAGUGAAAGUUCAACAAUAUCCAGCGACAAUGAUGUAAACGGAGGAGCUGCUGUUAUAUCAGAGGAUGACGAAACUUCCCAAGCUAAUGGUGCUAAGAGAGAGGCAACAUUGCUUGACCUCUACUGUGGUUGCGGCGCAAUGUCCACUGGGUUGUGCAUGGGUGCAAAACUCGCUGGUUUGAACCUUGUCACUAAAUGGGCUGUCGACAUGAAUGAACAUGCGUGUAAAAGCUUGGAGCAUAACCACCCAGAAACACAAGUAAGAAACAUGUCCGCAGAAAAUUUCCUGUUGCUGCUUAAGGAGUGGGAGAAGUUAUGCAUUCAUUUCUCUUUGAGAAAAAGUCCAAAUUCAGAAGAAUAUAAUAACCUGUAUGGGAUGACUGUUGUUGAGGACGAUGAAGAUGAAGAUGAUAGCAAAGAGAGUGACAAUGAAGAUGAUGGGGAGGUAUUUACAGUGGCAAAGAUUGUUGGUAUUACCUUCGGCGACCUUAAAAAUAUAAAGAAAAGUGGACUUUAUUUGAAGGUACGGUGGCUGGGUUAUGCUCCUUCGCAUGAUACAUGGGAACCUAUUGAAGGACUUAGUAAUUGCCGGGAAAAGAUCAAAGAGUUUGUUGAAAGUGGAUAUAAAUCUGGCAUCCUUCCGUUACAAGGAGGUGUUGAUGUUAUUUGCGGCGGUCCGCCCUGUCAAGGAAUCAGUGGUCAUAACCGCUUCAGGAACACCGAGGAACCUCUAAACGAUGAGAAAAAUAAGCAGCUUCUUGUUUAUAUGAACAUUGUGGAGUUUCUGAAGCCAAAAUACGUUUUAAUGGAAAAUGUGGUUGACAUGCUGAAGUUUGCAAAGGGCUACCUUGCGCGUUACGCUGUGGGACGGCUUAUCCAAAUGAAUUACCAGAGUCGGAUGGGAAUGAUGGCUGCUGGUGCAUAUGGUCUUGCUCAGUUCCGCAUGCGGUUCUUCUUAUGCGGUGCACUCUCUAGUGAGAUGCUUCCUCAAUUCCCACUUCCAACUCAUGAUGUAGUCAUGAGAGGAAAUGUUCCUGUGGAGUUUGAGAGGAACACGGUAGCCUAUAAUGAAGGCCACACUGUGAAGUUGGCAGACAAACUUUUACUUGAAGAUAUAAUUUCAGAUCUACCGGCUAUUGCAAACAGUGAGGUGAGGGAUGAGAUACCAUAUGACAAAGAUCCCAUAACUCCAUUUCAACAGUUUAUCAGACUUAGAAAAGAUGAAGUUUUAGGGUCAUCAACAAAUUUCAAGUCUAAAAAGCAUGUCUUAUAUGAUCACCAUCCCUUGAAUCUGAAUAUUGAUGAUUAUCAGCGUGUUUGUCGUGUCCCCAAGAAGAAGGGAGCAAAUUUCAGGGACUUUCCUGGUGUAAUUGUUGGACGCGGUAAUGUAGUUCACUUGGAUGAGAGUAUGGAAAGGGUCAUGCUUGAAUCUGGAAAUCCGUUGGUACCCGAUUAUGCCGUGAGUUAUGUUGACGGGACAUCAUCCAAGCCCUUUGGACGCCUCUGGUGGGAUGAGACUGUCCCUACGGUUGUCACUCGAGCGGAACCACACAACCAGGUGAUCAUUCAUCCCCAGCAAGAUCGUGUUCUAUCCAUCAGAGAAAACGCCAGGCUCCAGGGCUUUCCUGAUGACUACAAACUCUUUGGCCCACCAAAACAAAAGUACAUUCAAGUUGGUAACGCGGUUGCAGUUCCGGUAGCGAAGGCCCUUGGAUAUGCUUUGGCAAUGGCAUUCCAAGGUCUCACAGUAAGAAACGAUGAUCCACUUCUUACUCUCCCUGAAGGUUUCGCUCACAUGAAGCCUUGAACGCAAAUCUUCCUUCCGAGCUUUCAUGAACUCUGUUGAUUUCAUUGUCCUUCGGUUUAUCUUUGAUUGUUUUCUAGGGAGUUUGGAUUAUUAUUAUUAUUUUUUUCUGUUAAAUUUGACAGUUUCCAAGUUAUUGUUCUGAAUUUCUCUAGGAUUUUCGUUUAAAUCAGAUUCUAUGGAUAUGUUAUGGGAUUCUCUCUUUUGAUCAAAGUCAUUGUUUGGUUCGUUGGGUUA